AGUUCUUCUGCCAUGCAUAAAUAUAUACAAACACUUGGUUUCUUAUCCUCCGGCAAUCAUCCCCAAGAAUAAUCACACCAAAAUACACUCAUAUCCAUGGGUGCGUCCAAGUCUAAAGAAAGCUCCCAGAAAACCAUCAAAGACCAAACAUUAUCAGGUCUUGGAAACCUACUGAGGCUCCUCCCGACGGGGACAGUCUUCAUGUACCAGUUCCUCAGCCCUACCUUAUCCAACUAUGGCAACUGCGACACCUUCAAGUACAAGUUCCUUACCUCCAUCCUCGUUGGUCUAUGCGGUCUGGCUUGCUUCUUUUCUACUUUCACCGACAGUUAUGUCGGAGAUGACAAGAAAACCCACUAUGGGAUCGCAACGUUGAAGGGUCUUUGGCCCUCGUCGGAGUCCAAGAACGUCGACUUGUCGGCCUAUAAGCUUCGGUUUGCCGACUUCGUUCAUGCCUUCUUUACGGUGUGUGUGUUUGGAGUCGUCGUGCUUUUGGAUCAAAAUACUGCGGAAUGCUUCUAUCCGGUGUCGGCUUCCACUGAGAAAACUUUGCUCAAGGUGUUGCCUCCUGUUUUUGGUGCGGCGUCGAGUGUGGUUUUCAUGGCUUUUCCUAACAAACGCCAUGGAAUCGGAUACCCUAAAAGUAGUACUGAUUCUUCGAAUUAGGAUUCCAAGUCUGCUGGCGGAGAAGUAUCCUUAACAAAAGACUAAAUCAGAAUUAAGUUCGAGCUGUGUGGUUUUCUUUUACCUAAUUGUUGCCUUGUUUUCGUGUGUAUAAAUUCCUAUGUUUAUAUAUAAGUUGG